GACACCACCACGGGGCAGGACCUCCUGGACACCGUCUUCAAGCACCUCAACCUCCUCGAGACCGCCUACUUCGGCCUCCGCUACCUCGACCCCACGAACCAGACGCACUGGCUGGACCCGGCCAAGAAAGUGGUGAAACAGCUCAAAGGCACGUCGCCCUUCACGCUGUACUUCAGUGUGAAGUUCUAUGCCGCCGACCCGACCAAGCUGGUGGAGGAGAUCACGAGGUACCAGUUCUUCCUGCAGGUGAAGCAAGACAUCCUGCAGGGUCGUCUUCCCGUCUCGCAGGAGCUGGCGGCGGAACUGGGAUCCUACGCGGUCCAGUCCGAGUUGGGAGACUACGACCCCCGGCGGCACUCCCCCGGCUACGUCUCUGAGUUCCGCUUCAUGACGACGCAGACGGUGGCCCUGGAGAACAAAAUCGCAGAGCUCCACAAAACCCUCGUGGGUCAGGUGCCGUCGAAGGCCGAGAUGUGCUACCUGGAGAAGGUGAAAUGGCUCGACAUGUACGGCGUGGACCUCCACCCUGUGCUGGGCGAGGACAACAUCGAGUACUUCCUCGGCCUGACUCCCUCGGGGGUUAUCGUGCUGCGGAACAAAGCCAAAGUGGGAAACUAUUUCUGGCCGAGGAUCUCCAAAGUGUACUUCCGGGGACGUUUCUUCAUGCUGAGGGUGCGCGACAAGAAUAACUCAGAGAACACGUACGGCUUCGAGACGCCGAGCAAGGCCGCGUGCAAGCACCUGUGGCAGUGCUGCGUGGAGCACCAUGCCUUCUUCCGCCUGACGCAAGCCUCUGGAAAUUCGCCGGCUGCCAUUUUCUCGCUGGGAUCCAAGUUCAGGUACAGCGGAAGGACAGAGAAGGAGGCGGCGCAGGAGGCCAAGGUAGGCGCAAGGACCCAGCCCGAGUUCACAAGGAUGCCCAGCAGAAGGUAUCAGCGCCGCAUCGUAGAGGGAGCCCAGGAUAAACCAUUUAGGUGUUGGAUUAUUACCAAAGCCCCGCGAGUGGAGGACGUGGAGAUCAAGCCCGAGACCAGGAACACCGUGCAGCUGCCGACGCCUGUGACCUCGGUGUCCCACAUGUACAGGAGCGCCUCCUUGACGCUGGCUCCCCGCAGAGGCGGCGGCAGCGUCCUCAACAGGUCCUCGCGCGGAGAGUCGCCCCGUUCGGUCCGGUCCGCCGCGCCCGCGCCCGACUCGCACUCCUACAGGGUCUCCCGCCGCACCUCCAGCGUCGACAGCCAGUCGUCCGUCGACUCGAGGGGACAUCGCAGGCACCGCAGGAGCCGUGGCAGGUCCUCUGAUGGCGAGAGCGAGGCCAGCAGUAAGUGCUCGUCGCGAGGUCAAGGCAACACCGCCACCGUGCGAGACCUGACCCACAAGAGCGGCUACCAGCCCUCGGGCCACGACACCGAGGCCGACUCGCACCACCACCAACACUCCAACAAGAAGCGCCACAGGAAGCACAGGUCACGAUCUAGGUCGCCCUCAGAAGCCAAAAACAGCCGGUUGCCAGACGAGCUGCGGCGACACCUCGAGUUCGAGAUGCAAGGGACUCAGGGGCUGACGGAGGCGGAGCUGAAGGAGAUCCCCUACACCAAGGUGGAGACGGCGAAGACGAUCAAGAUCAAGUACACUUCGCCCAAGACCAAGAGGCACAAGAGUCCCAGACGCUCCAAGAGCAAUUCCAGUGACAGGAAGGCCACUCCUCCUGCUGACGGGGAAUCCCCUCCCCCUCCUUAUACUCCUUCGCCAACGACAAAGACAAACACCUUGCCGAAGGUCACAAAGGAGAAUGUCGGCGAUGGAGGGCCUGGCGUCAGGAAUCCCGAAGGGAUGGUGAACGGCACGCUCCGCCCCCCAGGACCAAGGUCCGUGCAGGCCCCCACAGUGUCCACCUCCCUGAUCAAGAGCUCGGAGGGCAGCGGCAGCACCCGCGGCUCCACCACGGACUCCCCCAGCCAGCGCCGAGGCCACGCCGACUCCACCAAAACCCUGCGCUCGGUCAAGACUGCGACCUCCAACACGACCGGUUCCUCUACUCCAGGUUAUGGCUAUAGCAGUUCCCAUAAACCUGUCAUGGUGAACGGACCCAGCGUGAAGGCCCUGGUCACCAGCAGCGCCAACACAGCCUCGCCAACACUCCGUCGGGAGGCCGCAACACCUGAGCCUCCUGCCUUCCUGGACGACGCCGGCGGGGGCUUCGUGGCCGGCAACGGCUAUGUUCCGACGUCUGCUGCAAUCUUGAAAAAUGGUGUCAGUGACAGAGGCUCUCAUUUUACUGCUGUUUUAAAGUAAGUAUUUCUUUAAAUAGUAUUUUUUUUAUCAUAGAUAUCGAUACUUUUA